ACAUCUUCUGUUGUUGGCUUAAUUGAUGGAAGCUUUGAAAUUGGAAAUUUGUUUGUGAUUGUAUUUGUGAGUUACUUCGGAUCCAAACUACACAGACCAAAGAUAAUUGGAAUUGGUUGCAUCAUUAUGGGAACUGGAAGUAUUUUGACUGCUUUACCACAUUUCUUCAUGGGAUAUUACAGAUAUUCGAAAGAGACUCUUAUUAAUCCAUCAGAGAAUUCAACAUCAAGCUUAUCAACCUGUUUAAUUAAUCAAAAUUUGUUACUCAAUACAACAUCACCUGAGAUAGCAGAAAAAGGUCCUGGAAAGGAAUCUGGGUCAUAUGCAUGGGUAUAUGUCCUAAUGGGCAAUAUGCUUCGUGGAAUUGGGGAAACUCCCAUAGGACCCUUGGGGAUUUCUUACCUGGAUGAUUUUGCAGAAGAAGGACAUUCUUCUGUUUAUUUAGGUAGUCUGAAUGCAAUAGCAAUGAUUGGUCCGGUGACUGGCUUCAUCCUGGGAUCUCAGUUUGCUAAACUGUGGGUGGAUGUUGGAUAUGUAGACCUGAGUAGUAUCAGAAUAACUCCUAAGGACUCUCGCUGGGUUGGUGCUUGGUGGCUCGGUUUCCUUGUGGCUGGACUAUUAUCCAUUAUUUCUUCCAUACCAUUCUUUUUCUUGCCCAAAAGUCUGGAUAAACCACAGAAAGAAAGGAAAAUUUCAGUAUGUACGCGUAUGCUUAAAACAAAUGAGGAAAGAAGACAAAUGGCUAAUUUGACCAACCCUGGGCAAAAAAUUACUGGAAAUAUAACUGGUUUCAUCGAGUCCUUGAAAAGCAUCCUUACCAAUCCCCUAUAUGUUAUAGUAUUGGUUUUGAUGUGGCUACAAAUCAGCAGCUUUAUUGGUGCUGUUACUUAUGCCUUCAAAUACGUGGAACAGCAGUAUGGUCAGUCCGCAUCUGAGACUAACAUUUUGUUUGGGAUGGUAGCCAUACUGACUAUUGCAAUUGGAAUGUUCACAGGAGGAUAUAUCAUUAAAAAAUUCAAAUUUACUUUGCUUGGAUUUGCCAAAUUUUCAUUUUUUACCAAUUUGGUGGCCUUCACAUUUCACCUAUUAAAUUAUGCGCUAGUCUGUGAAAGCAAAUCAGUUGCCGGCCUAACCUUGACCUAUGAUGGAAUUAGUCCAGUGGCAUCUCAUAUAAAUGUACCACUCUCUUAUUGCAACUCAGACUGCAAUUGUGAUCAAAAUCAGUGGGAACCAGUCUGUGGGGACAAUGGAAUCACUUACAUCUCACCUUGUCUAGCAGGAUGCAAAUCUUCAAGUGGCAAUAAAAAGCCAAUAGUGUUUUAUAACUGUAGUUGUGUGGAAGUGACUGGUUUCCAGAACACAAAUAACUCAGCUUAUUUGGGUGAAUGCCCAAGAGAUGAUCGAUGUAAAAGAAAAUUUUAUUUUUAUAUGGCAGUGCUAGUCUUGCAUAAUUUUUUUGCUGCAUUGGGAGGCACCUCAACUUUCAUGCUGAUUUUUAAAUAUACCUACUGCGGCUUGAUGGACAGCUUAAAAUUCUUAGCAUUUAUUUUAUAUAUUGUAUUGAUUUUCACUAUGAAGAAAAAAUAUCAAGGAAAAGAUACUAAGCAAUCGGAAAGUGGAGAAACCAUGAAUGAAGCAAACAUAGAAUCCUUAAAUAAUGAUGGACAUUCUGCACCUCCAGCCAGAACAGACAAUGAAACACAUAUCUAAGGGGAGAAAAAAAUUCUUCUGUUGCUAUUGUUUCCAACCAAUGUUGUAUUAAUUCAGGAGGAUGUUAUUUUUGAGCAGUUCCUGCUCCUUUCACUGACAUAUCUCACACUCUUUAGUGAUGAUGGAACAAUGAAUCACCUAUGAAUUUAUAAUAAUAAAAUCAAUUAUCAAUGAAAAAGAAUGAGAGUUCUCAUUCUUAGGGUAUGGUUAUGCAUUUGUGGUUAAGAUUAGAAUGUAUGAUCCAUACAGAUUUAAAGUGAGAGGUAUGGUUAGAAGUAAUAGAAGAAAAAGUAUUUGCUCAGGUCGUUGUAACCCAAUAAAACCAGUGACUAGAAAAUAGGUAGAGGUGAAAAAGGAGGAGAGAAAUUAAUAGCCUAAAUAAAGAGAAAAGCUUAAUACUUUUUUUUUUAAACAGUUUGGACUGUAUUACUCAAGCUUGAUGUCCAGUAUAUUGGAGGAUUUAUGCUAUGAUGACAUUUGUCAUUCACGUAUUAAGUCAAAUAUUUCACAGAUCUUAUUAAUUUAUAAUUUGAAGUUGUUUUUGCUAGCAAUCCCUGAUGCAUCUUCUUCCAACCUGGCAUUAAAAUACUGCUGCAGAAGUAGAGAUAAUCGAAAAUGUGCAAG